GCCCGGGGGGCUGCUGCGCGACCGAGGCGACGAGCCGGGCCCGGGCGAUGGAGACGCACAUCUCGUGCCUGUUCCCGGAGCUCUUGGCCAUGAUCUUCGGGUACCUGGAGGUGCGGGACAAGGGCCGGGUGGCGCAGGUGUGCACGGCCUGGCGGGACGCCGCCUACCACCGCUCGGUGUGGCGCGGGGUGGAGGCCAAGCUGCACUUGCGCCGCGCCAACCCUUCCCUUUUCCCCAGCCUGGCGGCCCGGGGCAUCCGGCGGGUGCAGAUCCUGUCGCUGCGGCGCAGCCUGAGCUACGUGAUCCAGGGCAUGGCGGAGAUCGAGAGCCUCAACCUGAGCGGCUGCUACAACCUGACCGACAACGGGCUGGGGCAUGCCUUCGUGGCGGAGAUCAGCUCGCUGCGGGCGCUGAACCUGAGCCUGUGCAAGCAGAUCACCGACAGCAGCCUGGGCCGCAUUGCCCAGUACCUCAAGGGCCUGGAGGUGCUGGAGUUGGGCGGCUGCAGCAAUAUCACUAACACGGGCCUUUUGCUCAUCGCCUGGGGCCUGCAGCGCCUCAAAAGCCUCAACCUUCGCUCCUGCCGCCACCUUUCUGACGUGGGGAUCGGGCACCUGGCAGGUAUGACCCGGAGUGCAGCCGAGGGCUGCCUGGGGCUCGAGCAGCUCACGCUGCAGGACUGCCAGAAGCUCAGUGACCUAUCCCUGAAGCAUCUGGCUCGUGGGCUCACCCGCCUGCGCCAGCUAAACCUCAGCUUUUGUGGAGGGAUCUCAGAUGCAGGGUUGCUGCACUUGUCGCACAUGAGCAGCCUACGCACCCUGAACCUUCGUUCCUGUGACAACAUCAGCGACACAGGCAUCAUGCACCUCGCCAUGGGCACCUUGCGCCUCUCAGGCUUGGAUGUCUCCUUCUGUGACAAAGUGGGCGACCAAAGCCUGGCCUAUAUUGCACAGGGCCUUGAUGGACUGCGCUCACUUUCCCUUUGCUCCUGCCACAUCAGCGAUGAGGGCAUCAACCGCAUGGUGCGCCAAAUGCAUGGACUGCGCACCCUCAACAUUGGCCAGUGUGUCCGCAUCACUGACAAAGGCCUGGAACUCAUUGCUGAACACCUCAGUCAGCUCACGGGCAUUGACCUCUACGGCUGCACCCGCAUCACAAAAAGGGGCCUUGAGCGCAUCACUCAAUUGCCCUGCCUCAAAGUGCUCAAUCUGGGACUCUGGCAAAUGACUGAGAGUGAAAAGGUCAGGUGAGAUGAGGGUACACCCGGAGAUCCCUGGCCCUCCGGAGGGACUCACCAACUGACUGCUGCAGUGGAGGACAGAGAGAAAGGGGGGGGAUAUACCUCCAGCGCUAGAGAGGGGAAGGAAGGGUCAAUACUUGCCUGCCUGCCUUUCCCACCUACCUGCCCUAGUAGUGUAGCGAGGGAGGGAAAGCCCACCAUUCUUUCACCAUUCCUUCCCUGUGGUGGGGGGAGAUAACUGCACUCCAUAUCAGCCUUCACUGUGGAUGGAUAACAGUAUCACUGUCCUUACUUUUUCUAUUGGGAAUGCAGCUUCUCAAUCUUUUAUGCACUGGGGAUGAAUACUGCCCCUUUCUCCAAAUCUGAUUCCACCCCCUUCUGCACUAGGGAUGGAAGAAGAAAACUUAGCCUGCAAUUAUUCUCUUUGUCUUUUUAACCACAUACAUCUCUUCCUUUUCCAUUUUGCUUGUAGACCAGUUCCCAUGAUGUUUUUGGUAGUAAAACCUACACUUUUUACAAUACAUAGAGAACCUGUAGAUCAUAGGAACAUGGAAAACUGCCUGAUCUUUCUAGUUCAGUCAUCUUUGCAAUGAGUGACCACAGGAUGUUCCCGUUUUUCCCAGCCCUAUCAUUCUACCUCUCUUCUGGACCAGAAUACUCUAUCCUCCUGUCCUUUUCAUUUCCCUUUGCUUGAGGUUGAGCAGGUGAUAUUUCUUUGACAUGGCAGCAAUGUAAAUGGAGUGUCAAUUGAAGUGCACUCAUUCUUUUUACUGUUGCUUGAUGAAGAGAUGGGGAGGGGGCAUGAAAUCAGAGUAUUUCUCUGUCAGACUUAUUUUCAUGUAUUUAACUCACUUCAUUAUCAACUUUCUUUUAUAGCUAAAAUCUCAACAAAGGUUGAAGUCACAUCAGCAUUUUCCUUUCCUUUCUCAUUUGUACUAUGUCAUUUAAAAAAAAUCUCCAUCAAGAAACCUUUUCCAUUUGGAGGACUGAAGGCAUAAAAAUGACGGAAUUAAACAUCUCUUGUGCCAUCUUUAGACAUGCUUUUAUUGACUUUUAUUUAACAAUGCAUAGCUAACAAAAUAUCUACUGCAACACUCCUUGCCCUUCCCUUUUCUUAAAGUUUUAUGAGUGAUCUCAGUUUUUUUAUUCAUUCUCUGUGGUAUUCAUGUUCGUAUAUAAUAUAAUUUUGAAAGACAUGAAAUGGUAGUUCUUGUGGAUUUUUAAGUACACAUCUCUUUUUCUGCUAAGGAUAUUCUCUCUAUAUAAAUGUUUGGCUACCUCGGGUUUGGGGAUUUUUUUCCCUCUCUUCUCCUCCCCAGCCCCCUGCCCUGGAAUUUUUACAAGAGAGAUAAGAGACUGAACUAUUUUUGUGCCUAGACUAGAAAGCUGUCCCUGGGGUUUAUAAUUUAGAGGGGUGCAGGAAAAGGAAAUGUUGGUUGGGAUUUCUUUCCCCUGUGACUCACCUGUACAUUAUCUUUGUGCCUCUCCUUCUCUGAUUAAGGUUCUGGGAACCCAACAGUAAUCCUGCAUUUCUACUCUUCUAGCACAAACACGUGUAACAUGUGAGCAUCCCAAUUGAUUAUUGAUUUGUGGUUCAGAAAUGUGAAGUAGAAGCUCUGUUUCUUUAAUAUAUGCAAAUUCCCACUUCCUAUUCUCUCAAAUUGCAUAGGUCAAAUAACAAGCUUCCUCUGUGGAAGGAGACAGGACCAGGAGCCAGCAGAACAGACUCACUUGCAGUUCUAACAUGAAUGGGAAAAGUCAAUUUCAUGUGUUGUUUUUGUUCAUUCAUUAAAAUAAAGCCACUUCUUGACUACUUGUCUUGAAAAGGAGGAAUAGGACAGCUUCGAACAAAGCAAAAACAAUGGGAGAAGAAGGGGCAGUUGUGCAGCUUUCCAGUCCUCCACAGUUGCAGGUCAUGGAACACAGACAUGCCCAGACACACAACAUGAUCAUGGAAUAAAUGUACUGUUUGUGAAUUUGUAUAAACUUAAAAGAUCCUCUUAAAACGUUUUAUAUUCUUACAGGAAAAGGUCAAACUGAUAUUUAUAUAAUAAAAGGAAAUAUGAAGUAUGUUUUUGAAAAAAUG